UCUCUCUCUCGCUCUCUCGCCAGUGUGCGAAAGUGCGAGUGUGGCCGUAUGUGCCACGACUGAGCUAGCGUCCUUUCCCUCUUGUUUCCACCUUUUCCUUUCCUCCUCUUCUUCCCCAUUUCCACCUCUUUUCUUCUUUCUUUGUUUCGCUUACGUUGCCUGCUACAUUGCUUGAGUGCAACAAUCAAAAAACAACCUCAACCCCCCUUUGUUUUCGGCUUUUCUGCAAACCGCGGAUUCACUUACAAUCUCUCAACGAAACACACAUUUCUGCACAAGUUUUGACAAGUUUUGCAAUUUGCGUGUUGCUCUUAUAACUUCCUUCUAUUCCCUUAAUUUACAGCAACCUCCCCUCCUACAAAAGCUACAACUACACACACGUACACAUAUAUAUACGGCUGUUGUUUAAAUCAUGUUGGUGACUGAGACGUUCCAUGGCUACAUUGAGACGACGCAAGAUGUAUUGCUCAUUUUCGAGGGGUGUCGCCGAGGCCUACUGCCAAGGAUAUGUCGUCGCUUACAAGAAAAAGAGCGAAAAAUGGUUCAAUCCGGAUCAGUCUUUGUUUUUGACGAACGCGAAUCAGGCAUUAAACGAUGGACUGACGGCCUCGUAUGGAGCCCUUCACGGAUCCUCGGCAACUUCCUUAUAUACCGUGAGCUAGACAAGCGUUCGACGGGCAAUGGCAAGCGUAUGUCGCUGUCAGGUCCAAGCGACUCGCGCCAGCGAAGCUUUAGUGUCGAUCAUGGAAGCUCAUCUACAGUGGCUGCAGCAGGAGGGGCCAUGUCGGUCGACCGCAACCGAGAACGCCAGCUGGUCGGGAGUCUCUCGGAUUCAUACAAGUUCCGCAAGGAUGGCUUGAUUAAAAAGACAAUGUCGAUUGUAGUGAACGGCAUCUCACAGCACCUUAUUUCGUAUUACCAUCCGCAAGACGUAUUGCAGAAUCGUCUUCGUACACCGUCGUCCGUGCCAGAACUCGCCAGCCUUGAGAUCUCUCCUGAGCUGCUUGUCAAGCAGAACUUCCGUAUCCCGCCUAUGGUCGAGCCAACCUUUGACCAAGCAGAUCCCCUUGGAGGCGGACCCAUGUCGCCGACGGACCCGUUAUCAGCAUAUGGAGAUCGCCGGUCCCAUCCGUUGCGCAGCAUGUCGCUAGGUUCGCUGCGUGGUCCAGAGCAUUUCCAUGGCAACAACAUGAUGUCACGCACAGAUAUUGGAUCACCCAGCAUGAUGUAUAACUAUGGCAGCCACCAGCAGCAUCAGCACCAGCAACAACAUAGCCACCGCAUGGAUGUUGAAGGUACACAAAAACAACAAUCACCGACCAUGCCAUCGUAUACGAGCCAGCCAGUCAUGUACGGUGUUCCUCAAUAUCAAGCACCGACCAUGCCUUCACCAUCGAGCAUGUCAUCGUCUCCAGGCACUCCGAUGGUGUCCCCAGUGCGACCAACCUUCCAACAGCAGCAGCAGCAGUCCCAGCAACAGCAACAGCAUCAGCGGCAUUACUCAGUCUCAUCCACAUCGUCCGGAUCCUUGUCGUCGCUAUCCCGGAUGGACCCGCGCGGUUAUGAACUGAUGCGCCCUCCACAAGCACAAGCAACCACAACUUCUGCAAGCACCAUCCAUUCGCCUCAGCCACAAUCUGCUGCAGCUUCUUCUUUUGGACAGGUGCAUCCACACAUGGUCCAGGACGAAAUGACCGGAUUUUACAACAACAUCAGCACCAGCAACAACCGCAUUGACGGGCAGCACCAGCACCAGCACGAUUCUGAACAAUCACACUCUGAUCAUACCAAAUCCAACGCGAAUAUCGGACAGCUGCUCAACCCUGUCCACCCACUCCAUAACGGUGGGCCUUCCUCUUCUAUCCAGCCAGACUCACCGCAUCCUACCCAGCCGCAACAACAUCAACAACACACAAUGUUAAUGAAUCAGACUUCAUCCUACGCAACAUACCCAUCUCCUGUCAGUGCGGCGGCGGCGGCGGCAGCGGCGGCAGCGGCAGCGGCAGCAUCUUCGUCGUCCUCUGCUUCGUCGUCCUCUUCCACUCCGUCAUCUUCGGUUGUUCCCGUCACUUAUGAAACUGGCAAGCCAAUGGACGAGAAUGGCAAGCCUUCACAACACGACAGCACAAUGUGCACUGGUCAGAAUGAAGGUGGAUCUGGUGGAGGAGGCGGCGGUGGCAGUGGCCCUAAUGAGUACCGCUAUCACGGCGCGUUGACCAAUACCUAUAGCAUGAUGCAUUAUGCACCAUCACCUUACCAAAACGGGGUGCUGAAUCCGUUUGCCCAUGACGAUAAUACAGGACACCUAAUGCUUAAGUAGCAGUGGUAGUAAUAGUAACGACCACUAGUCAUUAUUCUUUCUUUUUAUUUUACCCUUUGACACAUACACACGCACGCACUAAAUCCACACGUACAGACGCACUUUUUUAUAACUUUUUCUUUUUGUUUGUCUAUAAUAAUCCAAUCCUACUCUUUGUAUACACAACCACAGCAACUUCUCACCACUCAUAUAGUAGCACAAAUUCUAUCAAAUCUGACACACGUCCUGCACUUGUUUUACCUUUUUUUGAUCGUGUUGAUGAAAAUGACGACGACGAUGAUGGUUUUUAUACACACAACGCAAUACACAUACACACAUUCCAUAGCACAUGGUUAUGUACACCUGAUUUUUAUUAUAAUAUCUUUUAUCCAACCAAUGUGUGGCAAAAUUGCCUUGUUUUUUUUGUCUUACAGCAAACAAAGAAAGUUUACCGAUGCAUUUGCUUGUACACACCCACAUGACACUAUCUCUAGGACGCACAAUU